GCGGGGGCCAUGCUCGGAGGGUGCCUGCAGCGCGAACACGAACGAGAGAGAGGGGCUCGUGCCGUGACUCGCGAGACGGCUUAUAGCGCGGACGCGGACCGUCUUGGCGCGCCCCUCCGUCGGCUUUCCGCGCCGCUCUAUCUCCCCGCCUCGACGUCUCCCGUUCGCACAUCUGUCCUCCCAAGCUCUUCCAAGCACGACGCGUCCACCAUGUGCGGAGCGCCAGAGCCUGUCGCGGUAUAUGCGCAGCGGCGUGUAGUGCAGCUAUUUACUGUCACAUCUGCAUCUACGCAACCACGAUCCCCCCAGCCACCGAAUCACGUACGACAAAGAAAACCCAACCCAUCGAAAUAAAAUUAAACAUUCCCCACGUCUCUCCGCGCCCCCUCCUCGCAUGCACAACCAGCCAGACGCCUAGGGAUAUCGCGUGAGGGAAGGGAAGCGAGGCCCCCGCGUCCGCGUCCGCGUCGACGAAAGACUCGUGAUGGGAAUGGACCUGCGAGUCUGCCCGUUCAACCUUGCUCACGCGCCGCGUACCAUCUCCAGAUCACGGGCAAAAUUCGCAGAGGAUUCUCGACAAGGCGGUUUUAGAGCCCCGAGCCUGCGCUUGGAUCGGCUUGAGAGGUGCCGGGCCCCUUCUUCUGUGAAAAGCCGCAACUCGCAAACAAACACAAACCCACCCACCCACCCACCCACCGACGAUAGGAAACAAAACCAAAACCACUUCGGACCUCCCCGCGCCCCUCCACCCUCACACCCCGCCGUCCACAUCCAGACCAGACCAGGUCGGACCGCGCGCGCGCUGCAGACGCAUCUGAUCAUGCACGGCCAUGUCUCUCGCCCACCGCCACCGCCGCCGCCUCCCGCCGCGCCCCGUCGCUCGCUGCUCGGCGACCUAAAGCGACCGCACGAGCGCCGUAGGAACGCUAGACCCCCGAAACCGCCCCGACACGCCCCCACACGAAAACCCGCGCGAGACCGCCCAGAUCCGCGCUCCGUGGCGCGCUCCGUGGCAGCGCGAUAUCGUGUUUCCAAUCCCUGCCUCGUCGCUCGCGCGGCCGCACGGGCGCCAUACAGCAGACGGUGCGCGCGCGCGCUGCGAGAGGCCGCUAGGUGUGCCCUGUCGCCGUGUGUCGGCGCGGCGCGGACGCGGGCGCUCUCGUGUAGAGACGACGAGGUCAAAGACGAAGACGCGGUAACGGCGGCGGGAGGAUGCGUGCCUCGCGCGGUGCCCCUUCCCCUGUCUCUUCUUAGCGUCUGCAUUGCGCGACGCGUAGCGGCCAUGGAGAACGCAGGCCUGAUGCCAUACGACACAACUAACAUCCCAAAAAACGAAAGGAGGGGGAGAAAAACACUCCGCGUCUCCGCGCGCCCUUCCGCCCUCACACGCCGCCGUCCACAUCCAGACCAGGUUGGACCGCGCGCGCGUGCACGCAGCGCUCUGGCCGCGCCCCCGUCAACAGCGCGCUGCAGACGCACCAUGCACGGCUCUGUCUCUCGUCCACCGCCGCUACCGCCCCCCGCUGCGUCUCGUCGCUCGCUGCUCAGCGACCUAAAGCGGCCGCACGAGCGCCGUAGUAAAGCCAGACUAUCAGAAGCGUCCGCGAAAGGCUCCCACACGACCGCGUACCGCCCCCGCGGAGGUCCCACAUGUGCCCGUCCUCACCAUGUGUCGGCGAGCCCUCGCGCGGCUCCGGCGGGGGGCCUCUUUGGUGGGUGUUGGCAGCGGCGUACAGACGACGCGCACGAGGACGCGGACGGGGCCAGCCGCGCCGUGCGUGCGACGGAGUAACGGCCGCGGAGAACGCACGCCUCGCGCCGCCGCGCCGCCGUCUGGCCUACACCCGCCGGAGCUGCGCCCGCCUGCAUUGGGCGACGGAUCCGUCAAUGGAGGAAGAAACGAGCGGCGAGCUGCUUGUCGGGAGACGAGACGAGACGGGCAGGAGGUGGUGGUGGAGGAAGAGGACGCAGGAGGUGGUGGUGGAGGAAGAGGACAGAGCUCGCUCACCGGGCGUCGGGUCGCCGAGGGCUGGUGCGUGAGUUCGUAGGUAGGUCAAGGACGCUAGUGGUGGGUGCUCGAAUACCGGGAAGCGCGCGGUUGCGCUGCGGUCGUGGGGACCGAGCUCACGUUUUCGGGCUCUCUUAACCGAUGCGCGGAGCGCCGACGCGGGGUUUUGGCUUCUGCUUUGUGGUCGUUUGAUCUCGGCGACGGCUGCUUGGCUCGUUUGCGCGUUCUGUGUCCCUUGCGCGAUGCGGACAAUGCAUCGCUGUGCGCCGCACUCUGGCGUCGUUCUUGACUUGCGGGCGGUCCUGGCGCGCCCUCCAUGAGAGACUGAUGAACGGACCUUGUUCUCUCCCUUGUCUGCGACGCGCGUUGCGGUGGGCUGCAUCACGGCAGGCAGGCUUGCUGGCUGCGUAAGCGUUCUCAUCGACGGGAUACAGACGGUGCAGCGGUGCCCUUUGGCGUCCUGGUCGGAUCGCGGAGCUGGCUGGGAGCGGCACAGGCACGCCGCCCUUUCUUCGUAGCCUCUCCCCCUGCGGCGAUCUUUGUUCGUUCGUUCUCUUCCUUGUCCGCGCGGGACGCGUCUGGAUCCGUUCAGUGCGCGAUUCGCCUCGAGAUCGAGAUGUCGUCGACGGCGUCUUACUCGCUUAUUCGGGCUCUCGAGGGACGUGGAACAACGCAGCGCAUUUUGCUUCCCGGCCAGAGCGCUGAUCUGGCUCUGAAGUGGCGCAAGCAUGCCCCUUUUAUUUGACUCAACAUUGCGGCACGCAGACCCGCUUGCGGCAUCGCCGGACAUCGCGCGACACGCGGAACCGGCGCGUAGAAAUGCUCUCUUGCUUUGUGAGAUCCGAGCCAAUGCUGCUACGUAGCCCCUUAUCUCGUGAUCUGCUUCUGCGGAGCAGAUGUUC